AUGUCCGCAGGGCCUUCAGCGGCAGUUAAUGUGCUUCACGACCUCGCAGAAGCCGCGGAAGAAUUUGUCGAGAAGAUGACAAGCACGGAGGAUGAGGCCGAGACAGAGGGGAACAAGGAGGGUGAAGGCAAGAUGACUGUGGAGGAGCGUAAGGCGAAGAUGGACCAGCUGCGGAAGAAGAUGCGCUCUUCAGCUCUUGCGAACCGUGCAUCCGUUAUAGAAGAAAGCACGAAAGCAAAAGUUACUGCGAGAGAAGCUGCCCGGCUGGAGAGACAACGGAAGUUGGCGGAGAUUUUGCGUACGAAAGCUGACGCGGAGGAGCGGGGCGAAGACGUUGAGCGGCAGAAGAACUGGGAGUGGACGAUAGAGGAGAAUGAUGAAUGGGAGAAGAAGAAAGCACGGAAGGCAAGACGUGCAGACUAUGAAUUUCAUGAUGAUGCUCAUGCUGCUCGACGGCGAUAUAAGAAAGACUUGGACCUGAUCAAGCCUGAUUUGGUUGCCUACAACAAGCAGAAGGAGAUUGCGAUGGGUCUGGCACCUGGCACGCUAGUAAAGUCUAGCAACGGCCCAUCGUCUCUGAAUGAUUUCGACCCGAAAGCUGGUUCGUCAAUGCAGUUGGUACCGACCAGUCAGCAACAACAACUUGCUGCAGAAUAUCUUUAUCGUGAUGCGAACAGCCUUCUUUAUGCGGACAACAAACCGAGCGAAGAGGCUAUUGACAGAGUGGUCGGCAAGAUCAAUCGAGAUAUCGACAAGAAGAGCAAGUUUUCCAGGAAGCGGCUCAACGAAGACGAGGGCGAUAUCACAUACAUCAACGAGAGGAACCGGGUAUUCAACAAAAAGAUUGCCCGAUACUACGACAAGUACACUGCAGAGAUCCGUGCAAGUUUCGAACGUGGAACGGCACUAUGA